GCUACCUAUUCUACAGAACAUAUAAAAUAAACUUUAAUUGUGAAGUGUCUACUCGUAGAAGUGUUUAAAAAUUUUAAAUAAUUUUUUGUUAAUAAUAAAUAUAUAAAUUUGAUUGAAUAAAAAAAAACCAAAAAUGGAUUUUCAAAAUCGUCCGGGUGGUAAAACCGGUGGCGGAGGUGUAGCAUCAUGGUCAGAAAGUAAUCGUGAUCGUCGCGAACGUCUACGUCAGUUGGCAUUAGAGACAAUCGAUCUAAACAAAGAUCCAUAUUUUAUGAAGAAUCAUUUAGGAUCUUAUGAAUGCAAACUCUGUUUGACGUUACACAACAACGAGGGCAGUUAUUUAGCCCAUACCCAGGGUAAAAAACAUCAAGCGAAUUUAGCACGACGUGCUGCAAAAGAAGCCAAAGAAGCGCCGCAAACAUUGGCGCCGGAAAAACCCCGGGUCGAGCCGAAGAAAUUUGUAAAAAUCGGACGUCCGGGUUACCGAGUCACUAAACAACGAGACCCAGAAACAGGACAGCAGAGUCUACUGUUUCAAGUCGACUAUCCAGAAGUUGCUGACAGUGUGAUACCACGGCACAGAUUCAUGUCAGCUUAUGAGCAAAGAGUGGAACCACCUGACCGUAAAUGGCAGUAUCUUUUAUUCGCAGCCGAGCCGUAUGAAACUGUUGCGUUCAAAGUACCGAGUAGAGAAGUCGAAAAGGCUGAGGGUAAAUUCUGGACUUACUGGAACAAGGACACGAAGCAAUUUUUCUUACAGUUUGCGUUCAAAAAUGAGAAACCGACUGUAGGAAAAAUUCCACCGCCUCCGGUGCCGUUGAUCAGACCAGGACUUGGUCAGCCGAUGAUGCCAGUGCCUCCACCGCCUAGACCUCCGAUGUUCAACCCAGUCCCUCCUCCUCCGGCAAUGCUAGGUGGGGUUCAAAUCCCACCCCCACCUCCACAUUUAGGCUAAAAGUUUAUUUCUUUUUUUACUACUAAUAAAUGUCACUUAAUAAUUUAUGAUAAAUAAAAAUUUUAUUGAAAUAAAUA